CCUUCCCGCUGGGCGCUGCCGCCGUCAUUCGGCUCACGGCUCUUCCCAGACUCUCUAUCACGGCCAGGCCCUCGUAGUCUUGUGCAGCUCCUGCACCAGGCUGAAUACUUCUCUCUCUUCCCUUCUUGUUUCCGUAUCUUUGCCUUCUGUACUUGAAAACUUGACCGGGUGCCGAAGCUCCUCCAUUCCUUGGUGCAUCUUUGAAUCGCACCUACUUGAUUCACAAUAGCUGUGUUGUGCCCGAGUUGCUUAAAGAUGGGACUUUCAGAGAGAAAGAGUGAAAAAGGCAACACCCAGUGGAACACGGCUAUCUGUUCUGAAAGAAAUUGUUCUCUGCCCAAAGUUUGUAUCAUCAUUUUCCUCAUUGCUGAAUCAAGCCCAUUGCUGAUGAUAGUUCAUCCAAACAAAUUUGAGCAUAUCUCAAGUAUCUUCAUGGACUAUCUGAAUGUCAUCUUGAUAGGUAUUUGGAUAUUACAUUAAUCAGUUAUUGCAAACAACAAUCUCGAAAAGGAAACCUAGCCUAUUGAAUUCAGCUGCUACUUGUGAAAGAUCUUCCAGCCUGUUGAGUCACAACCAAUGGCCUGAACCACUGAACAUUAAUAGUUAAAGGUCACUUGGAACACAGAUGGCGCUUUGGGACAGAUGAAAGAGAAAGAAGAUAGUGACACCAAGUUAUGGGCACUGCACGCAGCUGGGAAGAAAUGUUGUUGUGUACUUGAGUGGAUUGGCAAGGCUUUUUCAGUGGAAUUCCCUUAUCUGCAGGCAAUGGAGCAGCCACCCCGUAAUUAUUGACCAAUUCGUAUCUAUCUCCCAGCAGUGGCUGAGCAGGAAUAAAUUAAAGCAGGUGGAAGAAGCAAUCCAUGGCCAUAAAUGCACAUUUCUGCCUCCUCUGCUCCUCGGUCGUCUCUUUCCGCUCAGCCUCAGCUCUUUAUCUUCCCCAUUCCAGAGGUCUCCCACUCCGAGAACCGGGAAAUCUGGAAAAAGGUGGCAUCUUGCACUCUCUCUACGCGCCAGGGCAGCUGCUUUGUAUUCCGUUUCUUUGUUACUCAAUGUCUCGAAUGGAAAUCCUUACUCCGCGUUACGCCUGCUGCAAUUGGUACGUCACUGAGAAAAGAAAGGGUAGCAAAGGAACUGGCACUUGGACCCAGGAUGAGAACAAACGCUUUGAGGAUGCCUUGGCAAGGUUCGACAAAGAGACCCCUGACCGCUGGGUAAUGGUGGCUUCUUCUGUCCCCGGGAAGACUCCAUGGGAGGUGGAAAAUCACUACCUGGAUUUGGUGGAUGAUGUGAGGCAGAUAGAAUCUGGGAGAAUUCCUUGUCCUGGUUAUGAUCGUUCUUUUUCUCUGGAGUGGGAGGGAAAUCAUGGCUUCGAAGGCCUGAAACAUGCACACAGAAUUGGCGGUAAGAGACGAACAUCCCAUCAGGAGAGGAAGAAAGGAGUCCCUUGGACUGAAGCGGAGCACAAGCUUUUUCUGCUUGGUCUCAAAGAACAUGGUAAAGGGGAUUGGCGAAAUAUUUCUCGAAAUUUUGUGAUCACAAGAACCCCUGCUCAAGUGGCGAGUCAUGCACAGAAGUACUUCAUUAGACUUAAUUCACGUGGCAAAGAUAAAAGAAGGUCUAGCAUUCAUGACAUUACAACUGUGAAUCUAUCAAAUAAUAGGCCUCCCCCAAUAUCACAGCCGUCUACUCUAAAUACUGAGCCGACCACAGCUUCUGCACCGUCAUGGAUUAUCGAUUCAUAUCAACAUGGUGAAACAAACGGAAUGUUUAGCUCAUCGGCACCAAGGAGUCGAUUCAUGAACGCACAUCAUGUGGAAGUUCCUUAUAGUUGAAGUUGGAAGCUUGCGCACCUCACAAUGACAUUGUGCAGGAACUCUAAGCCACUCCAAUUUGGACUUCAUUGUUAAAGUUUGGAGUGACUGAAUGGGUGUCACACGUUGUCACUUUAAUUGCCAGCAAGCUGAAAUGUGAUUAAAGAAUUAAAGUUAGUGCGAAGUGAAGAAAUGUUGCACUCUGAUGACGACCACAAAAUGAGUUUCAGCAAUCACAUUCUACACUAUUGGUUCUUGCAAAGUCAUUCUCAAAGAUGAUGUUUAUAAAUUGGUCCACUGUGGCCGAGUCAGAGGCCACUCUCCUACUUUGUUACUGUGAAUGACUGUAAAUGGUGAUACCAAUUUUGUAAGCUUUAUCAAUCAACUUAGGCUUCACUACUGCUUGCUUAUCUCAGCGUGGUCACUAACUUUAGUUGGAAGUUGGGAGUUGGGACUUAUCUGUAUUCCACUGUCUUGGCUUGUGACACUUUCAUAUUUCUCUUACAUUUUGCCUUUUCUUUCCUGCAGAUAUCACUGUUAUGUAGCUCAAUGUCUAUCCUUGGUAGAUUCAGAUGAACCCGUGUUAUCAGAAUAGAUAUAUUUGAAACACAUUUUUCUUUCUUCCCUUUUA